GGAAUGUAUAAUAAAGAGCAAAGGCGUUCUCUUGCCCUGUUCAUUCGCUCUCUUUCUCAGAGCUCAUAGCGAUAUAGUUGUAUUGAUAUUUGAAAGCCUCUCGCCUCAUUUCCGUUGCAGAUAUAGGUGCAGCUUGAUGUACACUAUGCUAUAUUUUUGUUUUCGUGAUUGUUUCUGAAAAAAUAGCACACAAUCGUCUACUUGUCUCGCGCGCACAAAUGACAGCUCUCUGGUUAAGUUGAGCACCACUAUUGGAUCGCCUUAACCUACGCCCAUUCGACAUUUAUUUUAUGUAACUCAUGUCGCCCUAAAGGCAGCUGAUCGUCAUCUAGGCGAUCUGUAUGUGACGGUUUUCGGCCCGCUGGAAAAGCUGAGAACCUUGGCAGGUUUUGAGUCUUAAGCAAGGGAUAAAUUAGUUAGUUUGGUCUAGCGUUGCCUUGGUCAGUCCGUACUAACGAUGGGCUUGAGUCAAAGUUCUCGGAAAUUAACGAUCGAGAACGACGAGAACGAUAAUAAUGUCAUCAGGAUCAGUGACGCGGUAGCUAGACGGCUUUCUCAGACUGCUGUCCAUAAAGUUGAGACUACACCUCUGGUGCAGAAGCCGGCCGCUAUACCCGCUCUGACUAACCCUGCCAACAGGACUAUUUUGCCACAGGAGCUCGCCGCCGCCGAUGCCCACUAUCCUCAGUUUACAAUAUCUGCUCUGGAAAUGCAACAGCAGAAAGAGAGGGAACUGGCUGAGCAAGAGGCUUACUGGCAAAAACGUUUGCAAAAUCUUGAAAAAACUCAUGAGAAGAUCAAUAGUGCCAUUGAGGCGGAAUACAAAAAGGCACUCACAAUCUUUGAUGACUGCAGAGUAAUCAAAGUCCAAGAUGCUGUCAAGCCUUGCGUUGAAAACAGACAGAAGGUAUUAAAGUGCUAUCAGGAUAAUCCAAGGGAAACCCUAAGAUGUGCUGAUUUGGUACAACAAUUUUCAAACUGUGUGGAUCAGCGUAGAACACAACUCAUGAGAUGUAAUUAAUAUUUGAGGGUUGAAGUUGUAAGAAAAAAUUUGAAAUCAAGUUGGUUCUAUGCACUUUGUAACUAAACUCCUAGUUGUUGCUAAUUUACAAUUUAUAUCUAUGGAAUGUUUUGAAACUUGAGAUAUGUCAAGUGCGUGAGUGAGAUCUAAAACAGUUGUAUAAUAUAUUUAUGAAUUUGAUAAUUGUGUUGCUUUAAAUUUCCAUAGAGAUUGGACAGAAAAAAACUCAUGAGAUGAACUAAUUUUUUAGAAUUCUUAGAAUAUUUUUAUUAAAUAAAAACUACACAUAAAAAAAGUGGAAUAAAUUGUUAGUAACUUCCCCUACAAAAUCAGAGUUUAUUAUUCAACAAUAUAUACACAUACAUUUUUGUAUUUCAUCACUUAUUUUAUUAAUAUUUGUUUACUUUUUGGAAAUAUUGAUGAUUUCAAAUUUUCUUUCUAUAACAUAAGCUAUUGGUUUGCUGUAAAUAUUAUAAUUUACUACAUACCUCUUAAUAAAUUAUAUGGAGGUUAGCAUGGAUAAAAUUUUUGGUCAUUGCUACCAAUUAAAAAA